UCUGACCUUAGAUUUGCAAUUUAUCCUAUACAUUGUCCUACAAGAAAACUUAUGUGUUUUAAUGCGUAUAUGAGAUUUCUUAGUGUGUUUUUAAAUUUGUCAUAAAUAGAAAAAAUAUUGAUUCCAAAAAUGUUUUUAUAACCAGAAAGAGUUGUUUGUAACAAAGGAUCAGCAGUUUUCUCUUUUCUUCCAUGGUUUAGCUUCCCUCUAUCGAAACUCAUAUUUUCUCUUCCAAACUUUCUGCUAAUAACUAUGUGAUCUUAUAUUUCAGUUAUUGCCAUAUAAUUUCCUGAAUGAUUCUACGUUUUUAUCCUUAGACAAACAAAGAUGUUCUCAGUGACUUACAGAACAUGUUACAUGUCCCCAUUUAGGUUUGUUAUGGAUAUUAUCUGCCUGGUCAUCUCUGCUUAUUUGGCUGCCUAAAUGGAUGAGGGUUUUAAUGUAACUCAUAUAAUUCUUGGUGGACACGUGGAAGUGGAAAAGUACAGAUAUCUUUAUUUUGUGAUUAUUCUUUCCGUAUAUUUUCUCAUAAUAAGCUGUAACUCCACUAUAGUGUGUCUGAUUUGGACUCACCAGAACCUCCAUGAGCCUAUGUACAUCUUCAUUGGGGCUUUGUUAAUCAACUCUGUUCUUUGGAGUACUGUUAUCUACCCUAAACUUUUGAUUGAUUUUCUGUCUGAAGAGCAGACCAUAUCAUACUCAGCUUGUGUUUUGCAAUUUCAUAUGUUUUACUCUUUGGGUGGGUCAGAGUUCUUGCUUUUGGCAGCUAUGGCCUAUGACAGGUAUGUUUCUAUAUGUAAACCUCUGCAAUAUCCAAUUAUUAUGAAUAAAUCUACUAUCAGUAUUCUGCUCAUUUUAGCUUGGAUUCUGCCAGCCUCCCAGGUUGCAGUACCAGCUGGACUGAGUGCUAAUAAACAACUCUGUAGCUUUACCAUAAGGAACAUCUUUUGUAAUAAUACACUUUACAAACUGCAGUGUGUCAUCACAAGAGCACAAAUUAUACAUGACAUGGUGAUUUUAGCAAAUGUUGCACUUCUGCCUGUGUUUUUCAUACUAUUCACUUACACACGUAUCCUUAGAAUAUCCUACCGAAGUAGCAGAGAAGUGAGAAAAAAAGCAGCACAGACAUGCUUACCCCACUUAAUUGUUUUGAUAAACUUUUCCUGUUUGUGUGCAUUUGAUGUUAUUACAGUUCAGCUGGAUUCAGAUUUUCCAAAGACUUUAAGGCUAAUUAUGACUUUACAGUUAAUAAUGUAUCAUCCUCUUUUCAAUCCAAUCAUGUAUGGGCUGAAAAUGAAGGAAAUAUCAAAGCAUCUGAAAAGAUUGUUCACUCGGGCAAAAUAAUGCUGAUAUCCAAACACUGCAUUCAUUCCAAACAGUAGUGUUGCAAUUUACAUUGAUAUAUUAUUGUGGGAUAGUUAAUUUAUCUCUUUUAACCAGUCAAGUGUUUUGA